UUGCCAAAGCAAAGGCGGGCUUCUAAACCCCCGACAGACUUCGAUACUUUACUUCUUAGUUACUGCAUCCUUCCCGCCCCAGUUGUUGAACUUUCAUUCACGUUCAUCAUUUGGAUUGAUUCCUUGCUGGUUGCUGCAAGUGCAACUGAAGCGAGGAGAACUUGGAGACAAUGGCGGAUAUCAUCCUUGGAAGCUUUGUUGGCUCGAUCCUCGAGCGUCUUCGUUCUCUGGCCUCCCAUGAGAUCGGGCAAGCAUCUUGUGUCAAACUUGAGCUGGAGGAAUUCAAGAACACUGUUUCUGCUAUCGGUGCUGUGCUUGAUGAGGCGAGAAAGAGAGGAGCCGGCGGAGAUAAGAAUGUCAUACGCUGGCUCAAGAAGCUCAGGGACGUGGUUUAUGAUGCUGAUGACCAGCUCGAAGAUUUCUUUGCCGAAGCUCAGCGCCAGAGAGAGAUUCGAGGUAACCACCGGAUCUUGAUCUUCUUUUCCACAUACCAGCUUGUUUACAGUCUUAAGAUGUCUCGUCAUCUCAAGAGCAUUCGGGAGAGGCUCGAUCAGAUCUAUCUUCGGGGUAGUCUUUGGUUUGGCACAAGGGUUCUCGAGGACCGAACAAGGAGACAAACAGAUACCGACUCGUCUCUCCCACAAUAUGUAGUUGGAAGAGAAUCCGACAAGAAGCAGAUCUUGGAAUUCUUGUUCAGUGCCGACAAUAUCAAGAGGAAGUUCGCGAUUCUUGCAAUAGUGGGUAUGGGAGGGCUGGGCAAAACAGUCUUGGCAAAACUCGUAUUCCGCGAUGAGCGUGUCCAGAGGGACUUCGACCUGACACUCUGGGUCUCUGAGUCAACCGACAUUGAUUUAAAGAGUUACUUGCGGGGUCUGGUCCAGCUAUUAACUCCAGGAAGGGUACUCGCAGCAAACCUCAACAUGGAGCAACUGUACAGAUUACUGAAUGAGGAGCUCAAAGGCAGGACGGUUUUCCUUGUGUUAGAUGACGUGUGGAACGAGAAUCGCGAUUGGUGGUUAGAGCUACGGACAAUGCUGGAUGGUGCAGCAAACGAAGUUAAGAUCUUGGUGACCACCCGUAGUCUGAACGUUGGCAGAGCAGCAGAUGCAGCAUUGAUCUAUCAGCUGCCUGCCCUACCCGAAGACGAGUCAUUGUCUUUGUUUAUGGAAGUUGCAGCGACGCAGGAGCAUGAGUGGCAAGGUUUAGAAGCGAUCAGGGCAGUAAUCUUAAGGAAGUGCUGUGGAGUUCCCCUUGUGAUCAUAUUAGCCGGAGAUAUGACACAAUCUGCCCAUACUACAGAGGAUUUGUUACGAUUCAUGGUCGUGGGUUUGUCCAAACUAACUAAAGAAUUCAUGGCGAUUCUCCAGUCCAGUUACCAUAACCUCCCGUCACAUUUACAGCAGUGUUUUGCGUAUUGCAGCUUAUUCCCCAAAGGUUAUAGAUUUGACCCUCUCGAGUUGAUUCCUCUCUGGAUUGCACAAGGAUAUAUCAAAUCCUUAGACAAUAGCAAGACUCUCGAAGAACUUGGGCGCGAGUAUUUCAUGGAGUUGGUCUUAAAAUCCUUCUUCACGGAUAUAGAGGAAGAUGUAGAUGGAAACGUUAUAGGUUGUAAAAUGCACAAUUUAAUUCAUGACCUCGCAAUAUUUGUCGCAGGUGAUGGUUACUCCAUGUUAGAUGGCUUCAACGGGGAAAUGGUCCCAGAAAGUGCUUUUCAUGUAUCCACCUACUUGAUAGACUCUAAAUUGAUAAGAGUCGGAGAGAGGAACAAGUCGAGGACUCUUCUUUUUUUGGAUGAGCAGCCAAGAGGCAUUGAAGGGUCUUGUGAUUGGGACAAUUUCAUCUUACAUUUCCAAAAGUUGCAAGCGUUACGCCUUCAGGGAGCUCCCAAUCUCAGGCAGGUACCCUCAAGAGUUGGAAAGUUGAAGUAUUUAAGGUAUCUUGAUCUCUCCAAAAAUGGGAAUCUUAGAGUUCUUCCCAAUUCAAUAGGGGAAUUGUGGUAUCUGGAAACACUUAAUCUCCAAGGAUGUUGUCAGCUGCAAGCGCUGCCGAGAAGCAUUUCGGAGUUGGCCAAUUUGAGACAGCUUGAUAGAAGAGGGUGUGACAAUUUAAGUCACGUGCCCAGGGGGAUAGAAAAGCUGACUCGUCUGCAAAUGCUAUGUCAAUUUGUGGUGGGCAAGCAAGCAGACUCAAAUGCAGCAACACUGAACCAAUUGAGCUGACUUCAUCGAUUGAAAAAACUGGCGAUCAGACAUUUAGAAAGAGCAGGAGAAAAUUUGCAUGAACCGGAUGCCUCAUGCUUAGGGAACAAUUCAGAUCUCCGAUCCUUGGAACUGCAGUGGGAAGAAUCUCCAGAUGAUAUGAAUAGGAAUCGGGCCAGUGAAGAAGGAGUGCUAGAAAGACUACAGCCCCAUCCAAGUGUAGAACGAUUGACGGUAGAAGGAUACGGUGGUUACAGGUUUCCAGCUUGGGGUUCCCAACUCGAAAAGCUUGUCCGGCUCGAGAUUCGCGGGUGUCCUCAUUGCAAGCAUUUGCCACGCCUGGACGAGCUUCCUUUCCUCAAAAGCCUCUGCUUGUUGAAUAUGUUUGAGUUGGAGUAUAUAGAAAUACCUGGCCUUCUGGGUAGAAAGUCUUCUUUCUUCCAUCACUUGAAAGGCUAGAGCUGGAGAAGUUGCCCGAAUUCCUGGGUUGGAGGAGGAGCAAAGUCAUUAUAAACAAGGACAAUCAGACGCUGCUUGAGCUUCCCGACAGGAAGGAUUUCAGUAUACGUGAUUGUCCGAGAUUAUCAUACUGGAAAGGUCAUUUCCAGUCAUUGUGGGGAGUGACGGAUAAGAUCUUAAAAAGAUUGGCGAGAAGUAAUGGCGACAGACAGGUUGUGGCUCCACAGAUUUCAAUAAAGCAGAUGGCCAUGGUCUCCAUCUUUUCUGUUUCCCUCAAAGGAUUGGAGUCUCUUGAAAUUUCCAACACAAUAAACGUGGAGUACUUGCCGGAGGAGCUGUUCCGGUCCCUCCCAUCUCUCCAGGCCCUCAUAAUCAAGCGCUGUGUUUGCUUGAGAGCUCUUAAUGUGAUGGCGAUUCUUCGGUAUCUAACCGCCCUUAAAUCACUGGAGAUUUCUUUGUGUCCGAAGCUUGAUUUAUCUAAAGAGAAGGAUGGGGAUGGAGGAAGGUGUGACCUGCAACUGCAGGAAGGCCAAAGCAAACUUGUCUGCCUUUCUCUUCAGAACAUCCCAAAGAUGGAGUCGUUGCCGGAUUGGAUUCAAUUCGUCACCAACCUUGAAAGUUUAGAAAUCUACUACACAAGUUUGAAGGCUAUUCCUGAGUGGCUUCCCCGACUCAGUUCUCUUAAGAAGCUCAAGAUACAGUUCUGCGAUCAGUUGCAAGAAGGGUGCAAACGGGAAUCCGGAGAAGAUUGGCCUAAGGUCUCUCACAUUGAGAAUAUCACCAUGAAAUGAAAGGUGUAGUUGCUGCCUCGAUGGCUCGAACAAUCUUUGUCUCCACAGUAAUUUGACGAGAAACCAGAUGUGCACAUGUUCGAGGAAGGUCUCAUCUGCUUUAUUGUUACAACAGGGAGUUGUGUCGGCGGCCUCUGUUGCGGGUUGUUUAAAACAAUUAAGCUCAAUGCUUGAAUGCUAGCUGCUGAAGAAAAUUGGCUGAUAAACCACAGAUUCUGUCGUGUCGCUUCCACACAAAGGAGUAAUCACGGGACACACCAUAUCCACAUGUAGAAAGUUCGACGAGAAAUAUUCUAGGUCUGCUGCAGGUAUAUCUGGUUCACCUUUUCAUGUUUCAUACUCGAAUGUCUACCCCUUCUGCUGUUGUGUCAAGUACGUUUGUAGGAGUGAUAUUUGUAUCCGAGUGUAAAGGACUGGACUCUGAGGCUUGUAACGCUUCCAAGUACUUAAAUUUGAUCUCGACCGAAAGUUAAAAUUGUUUCUUUGAUGGAA